AAUUUUUCAGUAUAUUUGCUAGCCUUGCCAGAUGAAACCACUUGCUGUUUCUUGUAAGCAUCGUAUCUCGUGGAGUUGUUGCGUGAAUUUGUGAAAACUCGCGAAUCGGUUCCGAAAACGUAAGUUCUCGGUAUGAAAUCUAUCCUGGAGAAGCAAAAGAGUAAUUGAAGAGUUAAAAGUGUUCCACCCGACAAGUGAACUGGAUUUCGGAAGUGCCUAUUUUCAUUUUUGGAUCUUCUCUGUUGUGGCCAAUGUAGAUCAUUUGAUGUAAUCAAACCGUUUGUUUACAAAAAUAAAGCCAAAUGCAUGGACCGAAUGAAAUUCAAAUCGAAUAAUACGCUACGUGGAUCUCAAGCCUCGAGGUGAAAAAUCCCUAUGAAAAUGUGAGAGAUCUCCACCCUGAACAGCGCCAGGCAGGAAUCACUUUUUUUCUACCCUCCACUACAACUGCAAACCGUACACGGGUGACGGGUCAGUAAGCGCACGACGGAGAGCAGCGUAGGCCUUGGCUUUCGUCAUUAUCGUCAUUGAAGCGUCGUCAUCAUUGGUGCGGCGGGGCAAUUCGUUCGCCUUGUUACAGCUCCACCAGAGCUCUUGUGAUUUCGUGGCGUGGCCCCUGUUGCGAGAGUGCCCUUCUGAGUCUUUGUGCUUCGGGGACUUCGCCAACGGUGCUGCUUUAGAGAGGAUUGCGUCAGUUCGGGAGUGUUUUAUUCGGCGCAGCAAUCGCACUGAUCGCGUUUGUAGUUGAGGCUGUGGUCAGACGAAAGAAGAUACAUGUGUGUGUGGGCGAAAGGAUCGACACGAGGGUACGGAAUCCUAUUCGAGAAGGUUUAAAGGAGUUAUAAGACAGUUCUACUUUGUUAUAAAAACCAGAGUUAUUCGGUUAUCAGGACUGAUAGUCUCGGCCAGACUUGGAUUACGUUGCAAUAAGAUUGCGAACCAUUCCGAUCCAAAUAGUGCUGAUCGGGUCCAACGCAGCGCAGCGGUUCUCCCGGUACUAUGUCCGACUCGCCGAUACCGAUCGAGGAUGGUUCCGAUCAGGAAUCGUUCAGCUACAGCAACAGCCAGCAGUCCAUCGGUCGCCUCCCCAAUGGUACUGUUCCAUUACUAAGCGACAGCCAUGACGUUGCGGUUUUGCGAGAGGAAAACUGCCGGCUGCUGACGACGCUGCUCGAUUACAAGAAAACGCUGGAGAACACCAAGCUUCGGUACGGGACAAUGAAGAAGGAUUACUAUGCGGCAAAGAAACGUCUCAAACGGUUGGCGUUCAAACUGCAGAACAGCGGAGGCGUUACGACAAACAACGUUGACGGUGGUGCAGGCAGUGAGAGUGGAGAAAGUGCGCUAAAUCAACAGCAAACGGCGGGUGCGGAUGAUGACAUUCGGAAGAAGUGGAAGGAACCGAAUCUCAAAGCCGGCGUCAAGCUGAAGGCGGCUAUCGGAGUGCACUCAUAUCAGGCCCUGAUCAAGGACGGUGAGCUGCAGCUGCCAAGUUUGAGGACGAUAUCGCGGUAUGUUGAUGCGCUGAAGAAGGCAGGACUGAAGCCAAACUAUGACUUUGGUGUGCGAGAUUCAGCCUCCGUGGGACAGGUAUUUGUGGAAGACGAGGACAGUGUGGACGUGGAUCACAACAGAAAUCAGCACGGGAAGCUGUCGCAAUCGAAAGAGAGUUCAAAUUCACCGGACACGGUCAAUUUCACUGCCACCCCGGACGUGGGUUACUACCGCCGCAGGACGGAUCCAGAAGAUAUGGACGAAGACGAGGAAGAUGCUUCCGAGAUGGCGCUGUACAUGAACGGCGGCGGGGUCAGCGGCGAUGCAUCGAACGGUGGUCUGUAUACACCCCACCCGAAUCAGUACACACGGCACCACCAGCAACAAACACUAACCAGCGCCCACAUUGAGUUCCUAAAAUCGAUGACGGGUUUCCGCAAGAAGUGGACACCGUUCGAGUUGCGUACGUGUAUGGACAUUCGUCGAAUUAUCGGCAGCAAGGAGUACGAUUCAUUGCGGAAGAACGACGGAAUGCCGCUGCCGAGCGCGAAAACAUUGCGAAAGUACAAACACACGGUCCACCUGGACGGGGUGGACGUGAUGAGUCGUAAGAGAAGUCACAGGGAAAUGGUGGAAGGUAUAGUCACCGUCGGGAAUGGCACGGGAGUUAACGGUAUGUCGGUGUACGGUGAUGAUGGAGAUGAUAUACUGAAUGCCGAAGAGCCUGAAGGAUUUUUCGAUAUAAACGGUCUAACCGAGGAUCAGAUAGACUUUCUCCAGUCUCUGUCAAGCAAUACAAAAGGUUUCUCCGAUUACGAGCUGCAGAAAACAUUGGAACUCAAAAACGAACUUGGAGGGAAGAACUAUGAAAUAUUGCGAAAGCAGGAAUGCCUGCACAUUCCAACGUUGGUGAUGUUGAAAAAGUACGAGCAUGAUAAUGGUUUAGAAGAUCUCGCCUCGAUGGUUAUUGCGGAAGACUUGGAUGAUGAAGACGACCAAGAUGCGGAACAGGAGCGAGAACAGGACGUGAAACAGGAACCCGAAUACGAAUGCGAAGCUCAACUUCCGGAUCACUUUGGGUUGGACAUGAAUGGGAUGGGCGAUGACUCGCACAUGGGAAUUUUCGAGCACCAUUCCAUAUUUGACAGAGACGAUGCACCCACCUUCGACAUGAGCAAACUGUCCCAGCAGCACAUGGAAUUCCUUAACACAUUGCCGGAAAAUCCGAAGCGGUGGACGCCACAUAUGAUUAAUUCGGCGUUGGACAUCAAAAAUGAAAUUGGCACCCGCGACUACGAGCUUCUACGGAGACAGGGCAUUCCAUUGCCAGCAGCGCGAACCCUGCGGAGGCAUAAAGAUAUUAAAAGCCGAGUGGCGGAAAUAGAAGUCGCCUAGGAAGCGGGCGAUCCAAUUAGGCUAGAUUGAACGCGUUGUUUUCUAAUGAAUUUAAGAAAUAGAGGUACCUGUAUUAUAGCUUAGAUGUGCGGAUAUGUUUCAAUUUGAUGAAAUCGUGAAAACUGUGUGUUAUAUAUAUAUAUAUA